ACUAGGUCUAUACUGCUCCUACAUGGUGUAACAAUACAUCACGUAGAUGUAUAUAAUGAACAGACUAGGUCUAUACUGCUCCUACAUGGUGUAACAAUACAUCAUGUGGGACUUUAAGGCAAUGCUGUUACACUGGUGAGUAAAAAGAUUCCCAGACCGCAGAUGGCAGUCUGGGAAUUUAAGGCAAUGCUGUGAGUGUGACGUAUAAUCUAGUGGACGGAACGCUUCUUUCAACUGCAGCAACAGUUAGUCAGCCACCUCCGUAGCUUGCUAGACAAAAUAGACGAACCAAUAAAGCUCGUUAGACGCUUUAUUGUAUAUAAUCCACUGUGUUUAAACCCCACUUCUGUCGUCUAGUUAGUUAUCCGAUUUAAUUUCAUAUUUACGGUGUUGUAGUUAUUAUUCAGCUAGCGGGCUGGUUAAGUUAGCAUUAGCCUAGCUAACAUCCUCGACCAUGAGCUCACUAAGCUACUGUCCUCCUGAAGACGAUCAGGUCUGCUUGACGGAGAAAGAGGGUCUGUGGCUAAACGUUAUCGUGAAAGAGGAAGAGGAGGAAGUCAUAAUACAAAAACAUGUAGAGGGUGAGGGUGUUACAGUGAAAGAAGAAGAGAAAGACGUUUCAGUGAAAGAAGAGGAAGAUGCGUUCAGAGUGAAAGAGGAGGAUGUUACUGUAAAAGAAGAGGAGGAAGAGAAAGAGGAGGAUGCAGUUUUUGGAGUGAAAGAGGAUGAGGGGGAGAUGACUGUCACAUUGGAAGAAGAGGGGGAUGAAGAGGAGGAAACUGAAUAUCUGGGCUCGGUAUCCCAAAGGCAUGUUAAGGCAUCCAAUAGUUCUAACGAAGAACGGUUUCUGGUUAACACCAGAGAGAGACGUGACUAUCGUGGAUCCUCUGGGGAGCCUCAACAACAUCAUGAUGCUGGCGAGGCAGAGAAGAGUCUCUCCAGAUCAGAACACCUCAAGAAACACCUGCAGAGAUCCACAGGGAAGAAAUCUCACUGCUGCUCUGACUGUGGGAAGAGAUUCAACUCUUCAGUAAAACUUAAAAUACAUCAAAGAAUUCACACUGGAGUGAAACCAUAUAGCUGUAGUCAAUGUGGGAAGAGUUUUUCUACAUCUCGCUAUCUAACUAUACACCAGAGAACACACACAGGAGAGAAACCUUUUGGCUGUGAUCACUGUGGGAAGAGUUUUAUUCGGCAACAAACCCUGAAAUCACACCAGAGAAUACACACUGGAGAGAAACCUUACAGCUGUAAUCAAUGUGGGAAGAGUUUUUCUACAUCUAGCUAUGUAACUAUACACCAGAGAACACACACAGGAGAAAAACCAUAUAGCUGUAAUCAAUGUGAGAAGAGUUUUACUUGGCCAGACAGCCUGAUAGUACACCAGAGAACACACACAGGAGAGAAACCUUGUAGCUGUGAUCAAUGUGGGAAGAGUUUUACUACAUCUAGCCUGCUGACUUUACACCAGAGGACACACACAGGAGAGAAAUCUUGUAGCUGUGAUCAAUGUGGGAAGAGUUUUACUCGGCCAUACAACCUGAUAGUACACCAGAGAACACACACAGGAGAGAAACCUUGUAGCUGUGAUCAAUGUGGGAAGAGUUUUACUACAUCUAGCCAGCUGACUUUGCACCAGAGAACACACACAGGAGAAAAACCGUUUAGGUGUGAUCAAUGUGGGAAGAGUUUUACUAGAUCUAGCUAUCUAACUAUACACCAGAGAACACACACAGGAGAGAAUCCUUGCUGUAAUCAAUGUGGGAAGAGAUACUCUGAUAAAAGAUCUCUGACUAAACAUCAGAAAAUACAUGAAGGAGUUGUUUCAUGAUAUCAAUGAAAUGUCACAAUGUAGAAUGUUUUAACAUUGUAGUAACAGUAUUCUAAUGAUGUCAGAAUAUAGAAUGUUUUAACAUUGUAGUAGCAGUAUUCUAAUGAUGUCACUAUAGAAUGUUUUAACAUUGUGGGAGCAGUAUAUUAAUGAAUGUCAGAAUGUUGAAGCCUAAAUGUUUGCCCCUUGUUCAAUUGAUAUUAGUUACUAAGGAUAUUGCAGGAGUUUCUUCUUGAAAUCAGAUAUGUCCUUGUGAGGACAACUUGGUUGCUGAUUGUAUCAAGGGUGGGCAGUCAAAAAGAUUAGUGUAGCCAGUUACCAUGGCUACCACAAUUACCAUGGCUACCACAAUUUAUUUUGACUGCAUGUUUUUCCGUAUUGGAGAUGAGUUUUGUUUGGGCUCGUCCCAGUGUUCUAGAAGCUAGUGAGUUUUAGGAAGAAGAGAGUUCUAGAAGCGAAUGAGUUUUAGGAUUCUAUAGUAAGAAAAAUGAUUUUAAAAAAUAAUACUAUUGUAUAUUAUUAUUUAGAAAUGUGUUUUUUCUUGUUUUUAAUCUUUGACAGCCAGUAGACACCAUGUUUAUAUUGUAGAAGGUGAAGCAUUGUAGUAGAUUAGUAGUAGAUUUGUAGUAGAUUAUAAUUAUAAACUUUUCCAAGAAAAAUAUAGGAUAUAUUUGUUGUAUUUUGUUUUGAGGUUGGACUUGAGCUCGUUGGCACAUAUAGACAUUACAUUACAUUAACAUUUA